AUGGCAAUCGCUGUGGCGGCUGUGGUCGCUUUGGUUGGCGUUGCCGAUGGCUUCAAGCGUUCCUUUUUGGAACUUUAUCAGGGCCACGGCGUCGAUAUUGUUGUCGUAAGGGCUCGGGUUGCCGACCGUAUGACCAGCGUAUUGGACGCCUCGAUGGCAGAUGAAAUAGCUCAGAUCGACGGAGUAAAAACCGUAGAGCCAACGCUAUUGGAUGCUGUGUCGUUCGAGGACGACGGUUUGUAUGGCGUAGUGGUCCAGGGGCUCCGGCCCGGCACCGAACUGACCAGCGACCACAAACUCGUUGCCGGCCGCAAUCUAGAGGAUGGCGACAAACGGGUCGUCAUGCUAGGGCGAAUCCUGGCAGACAGCCUGGGGAAAGAAGUUGGCGACCAGGUCGAAGUGUACGAAGAAGAAUUCUUCGAAGUAGUCGGCAUUUACGAUCGCUUUAACAUCUUCGAGAACGGCGCGAUGCUGAUGCCGCUUGAAGAGUUGCAAUAUCUACUGGGGCAAGAAGGUCAUGUUACGGCCUUCAAUGUAAUGGUUACUGAUGGGGCCGAUUCCGAGUUGAUUCGCCAAACCGUGCAAGCCAUCGAUGAACGUUGUGUGGGUGCUUCGGCAAUGGCCUCGGAAGAUUACGUGGGGACUGAUGCCAAAAUUCAGGGGGCCACGGCCAUGGCCUGGACCACCUCGUCGAUUGCCUUGAUCAUCGGGGCGAUUGGCAUGCUGAACACCAUGCUGGUUUCGGUUUUUGAGAGAACGGCCGAAAUCGGCGUGCUGCGUGCGAUCGGCUGGCGAAAGUCACGCAUCGUGCGAAUGGUGAUGUUGGAAUCAUGCUUGCUCUGUUUGGUUGGCGCCGCGCUUGGAACAGUGUUGGCUCUGUUACUUACUGACUUUCUCAGUCGUCUCCCCGCUUCUAGUGCGAUUGUCAGCGGCAGCGUUGCUCCGCUGGUGAUUGUGCAAGGCAUCGUGAUCGCGUUUUCCAUUGGACUGCUUGGUGCGAUCUACCCUGCCUAUCGCGCGGCGACGCUGCUGCCCACCGAGGCGAUUCGAGCCGGUGCGCGAGGUGCCAGCGCCGCGAGCCUCACCGAAAUCUUCCGCGAACGGGCCGAAGCGCACCCCGAUCGGGUCGCAUAUCACUUUCUGGCCGACGGUGAAGAAGUGACCGACGCGGCCACCUAUCGCCAGAUCGACCAGCGUGCCCGAGCGAUUGCCGCAAGAUUACAACAAGUCAGCGGUCCCAACGAACGUGCCCUGCUGCUAUACGACUCGGGCCUGGAAUACAUCGCGGCGUUGGCUGGCUGUUUCUAUGCCGGCGUGGUUGCCGUUCCGGUGUAUCCGCCCGACCCGAUGCGGAUGGCGCGGAUGGGGCCACGACUGCAGGCGAUAGCCGAGGAUUGUGGAGCACGGUUGGUCUUGGGCAUCGCCGAAGAUCUUCGGCGUGCGGCCCCUCUGCUCGACCACAUUUCGCAGUUUGAAGUUCGACUGGCGACUGAUGAGAUCGACACUGGGCUUUCGAGUGCCUGGAGCACUGUGCCGCUCGGCCGAGAAGAUUUGGCACUGCUGCAGUACACCUCGGGCUCCACGGGAACUCCCAAGGGGGUCAUGGUUCAGCACGGCAACCUGCUACAGAACUUGGGCCACAUCGAAGAGAAGCUCGACGUGCCCGAUGCCAUCGGUGCGACUUGGUUGCCGCUCUACCACGACCUGGGCCUCAUUGGCUGCGUGCUGCAGGCUUGGUACAGCGGGCGGGCAAUGUACCUCAUGUCGCCGGUGACCUUCUUCCAGCGUCCGCUUCGCUGGCUGCAAACCAUUUCGAAAUAUGGUGUGACCACCACGGGCGCCCCGGACUUUGGUUACGACUUGUGCGUGAAUCGCAUCAAGCCCGAAGAGUUGCAGGGAUUGGAUCUCAGCAGUUGGCAAAUUGCUGCCAGUGGUGCUGAACCAGUUCGGGCUGAAACGAUCGACCGCUUUGUCGAGAAGUUUGCCCCCUGCGGGGUUCGCCGUGAGAUCUUCCGACCGUGUUAUGGCAUGGCGGAAGCCACCUUGAUGAUCACCGGUGCAGAGCCAAGCAACGAAGGGCUGGCUCGCUCGUUCGACAUUGAAGCCCUGGCCGAUGGCAAAGCGAUUGAAAAGCCAGACAGCACCGAGGGCACCCGACGCCUAGCACGUUGUGGGCAGCCACCCCGGGGGCAAGAGAUCGCCAUAGUCGACCCGCAAUCGGGCAUCGAACUGGCCGAGGGAGGAUUGGGUGAGGUUUGGGUGAAUGGCCCCAACGUUGCCGCAGGGUACUGGAAUCGCCCCGAGCUUAGCGAGGCCACAUUCAACGCACACUUGCCUGACGGUCGAGGGCCGUUCUUGCGAACGGGCGAUCUGGGCUUCAUCGACGCAGGCGAGUUGUUCCUGACCGGCCGAUUGAAAGACCUGAUCAUCAUCGCCGGAAAGAACCAUCAUCCCGAAGAUAUCGAGCGGACGGUUGAAAGCAGUCACGAGGCGCUCAAGCCAUAUGCCGGCGCGGUGUUCUCCGUUGAGCAUGAAGGCCGUGAGCGUGUGGUGGUCGUACAUGAAGUGAGCCGCCCCAAGAAAUACGACUUAGACGAGAUUAUUGACGACCUACGUCGCGACAUCUUCGAAGUGCACGACAUCGUGGUUGAUCGGGUUGUGCUGAUUCAGCCGGGCACACUCGCCAAGACCAGCAGCGGUAAAGUCCAACGGCACGCCUGUCGAGAGAACUUCGAGAAGGAUCGGCUCUCGGCGCUUCGUGAGUGGAUGGCCCCCUGCUUUCAACCGGCGAACUCACCCGAGGAGUCACAACCCGACUACGUUGCCCCACGAAAUGAAACCGAAACCAUCUUGGCCGCAGCUUGGGCCGAGGUGUUCGGGCUCGAUCGCGUAGGCAUCCACGACAACUUCUUUUCGCUAGGGGGCCACAGCCUGCUGGCCACGCAACUCGCGGCCCGCCUGGAACCACAGUUUGAUUUGACGCUCGACCUGAGCGAAUUGCUCGACUACCCGACGAUCGCCCAACUUGCUGAACGCAUCGUUGUAUUACAACUUGAACAGGAAGACGAGGAGGCCGCAUUGCUCGAACGCCUCGAGUCGAUGUCAGACUCUGAGGCCGCCGCACUCUUGGCAGAGCAUGACGAGACGGAACCCAUGAACAUGAAUACCGAAACGCAGCAACCUCAAGAACUCGACUAUCUCAUCAUCGGUGCGGGCCCAGCCGGCCUCCAGUUGGGAUACUUCUUCCAACGCGACGGACGCGAUUACGCCAUCCUCGAGCGGGGCGAAGGUGCGGGCACCUUCUUCAAGCAGUACCCCCGCCAUCGGAUGCUUAUCUCGAUCAACAAGAUCUACACCGGGCACGACGACCCCGAAGUAAACCUUCGCUGGGACUGGAACUCGCUGCUCACCGAGGACGGUGAGAAGACGUUCCGCGAUUACAGCACCGAGUUCUUCCCCCAAGCCGAUGCCUUGGUUGAUUAUUUGGAAGAUUUUGCCGAAGAGACCCAGCAAAAGGUCCACUACAACGCUGACGUGGUCAACAUUGCCAAAGAAGACCGCCUUUUCCACGUCACCCUGGCCGACGGACGGAAGUUUAUCUCUCGCGUUUUGAUUGUCGCCACCGGGUGCCACAAACCAUUUGUACCGGAAGUGGAAGGCAUUGAGCUGGCCGAGAAUUACGCUGAGGUUUCGGUCGACCCGAGCGAUUUCUUGGGCCAGCGCGUGCUGAUUCUCGGCAAGGGCAACUCGGCCUUCGAGACGGCCGAUCGCUUGAUUGCUGCCACCUCACUGACUCACAUGGUUAGCCCCGACACCGUGAAGAUGGCCUGGCAGACUCACUUCGUGGGUCACCUGCGAGCGGUGAACAACAACUUCCUGGACACCUAUCAACUGAAGUCGCAAAACGCGCUGCUCGACGCCAAAGUCGAACGCAUUCGCAAGGUUGACGAUCAUUACGAAGUGUCAUUCUCUUACGCUCACGCCUCGGGCGAAGAAGAAACGAUGCACUACGAUCGAGUGAUCGUUUGCACCGGAUUCCAGUUCGACAACUCGAUGUUCGAUGAAUCAUGCCGCCCGGAACUGAUGCACAACGACCGCUUCCCCAGCCAGACGAGCCGUUGGGAGUCGACGAAUGUGCCCGACUUGUACUUCGCGGGGGCAUUAAUGCAGGCCCGAGACUUCAAAAAGAAGCAGUCGGCAUUCAUCCAUGGCUUUCGCUACAACGUGCGGGCGCUCAACCGGAUGCUGGUUGCCACUUACGAAGGUGAACCACUGAACUACACCGAACUUCCGCUGGAAGCCGAAGCCAUUGCCGAGCACAUGCUGAACCGCAUCAACAGCGACUCAGCCCUGUGGCAGCAAACAGGCUUCCUGGGCGACUUGAUGGUUCUCGACCCCGAUCGCUGCACGGUUCGCUACUACAACGAGCUACCGGUCGACUUCAUGCACGACAGCGAUUUCGGGAAGUCGGCUCACUUCUUUGUGCUGACGAUGGAAUUCGGCCAAGAACGCAUCGACGCCGAGCAGAACGUGUUCGCAAUCUCGCGGGUGCAUAAAGAUGAUGCUUCGAAUGCCGAUCGCAGCACGGCCAUCCACCCGAUUCUGCGAGGCUACAAGAACGAGGAAAAGGUUUCCCAGCACCACGUCAUCGAAGAUUUGAUGGCCGUGUGGAAAGAGCCGGUUCAUCGCGAUCCGCUCGUCAAACAUUUGCGUUCGGAAUUGGCGCCGUACUCUUCCGACUUACAUUCCGCCCUGAGUCAACCGAAGGGUCUUACCAGUGCUCCCGCCCAAACACGCUGA